AUGGCUCGCACACCUAGAAAACAAUCAAGAGAGUUGUGCUGUUGGUCGCACUUCAUGUGGGACAUCGUGAUGUUGAUAGCUGGUGGGGCGCGUGCACCGCACCUCCCGACCUGUUUGUGCAGCUUGCAUGCCGGCACGGCCCAAUGUGUGGAGCCUGUAGAGGAGGCAGUGCGCCUUGGCAGCCUUUCUGGGCUCCUAGCCUCUACCAUGCGCCUGUGCCAAGAUGGUGCUGUGAUUCUAUGUGGGCACAGCUUCGGAGCCACCGUUGCCUAUUUCAUUGCCGUGCGCUUGACAUUCUGCGGUGCAGAACCCCAUGGCAUUGUUAGCAUGGACUGCCGGUCUGGCAUCACUAUGAAUCUUGCUGAAUGCCUUCCUCAAGGACUCUGGCAGCCACUCGCCCGACAGCAUGUGCGGCUGCGGCUGCCUGAAUAG